UGUUUUCUGUAUGCAGCAUGGCUUCCUCGGCAAAGAGANGCUUCCUCGGCAAAGAGAGGAGCGGUGGGUUUGGGUGAAAACCCUGAAGAGAGUGACAACAGUUCGGAUGAAAUUUUGGAAGAAGAUGACGAUUCCGGAGAGGAAGGCAGUGAGGCAUCAGAUGAGGAAGUCAAUGAGGAAGUUAUGGUGGACUUUGAAGCCCACACCGUUUCCGUCAACGACUUCAAUGGCAUAAAGAAACUACUGCAGCAACUCUUCCUGAAGGCUCAUGUAAACACAUCAGAGAUGACUGAUAUCAUCAUCCAGCAGAAUCACAUAGGAAGUGUCAUCAAGCAAGCUGAGGUGCCGGAGGACAGUGACGACGAAGAUCCAGAUGAAGUGUUUGGGUUCAUCACAAUGCUGAACCUAACAGAAAGAAAGGAUGUGCAGUGCGUAGAGGAGGUUAAGGAACUGAUCCUAGAUCAAUGUGGGAAGAACUCGAACCACAGCACAACAGAACUCCUGGAGAAGGUCCUCAAUGACACGAGCAAACCUGUGGGACUUCUGCUGAGUGAGCGCUUCAUCAACGUGCCUCCACAGAUCGCCCUCCCACUUCACAAACAGCUCCAAGAAGAAAUGGCUGAAGCUCAGAGGACCAAUAAGCCCAGUGGAAAAUGCCACUACUGUCUGAUGAUCAGCAAAACCUGCAAAGAGGCCAACAAGAAUAUAACAGCCAGAGGGGGUGCUCCGAAGGAGGAGUACAUGUUUGUCAAUGCAGAGGAGGAAUUCUUCUAUGAGCAAGCCAUCUUGAAGUUUCACUACUCCGUCCAGGAGGAGGCAGACUCCUGCUUGAGUGGUCGCUGGUCUUUUGAUGACGUUCCCAUGAAGCCUUUCAGGACGGUGAUGUUGAUACCAGCAGACAGGAUGCCGGUCAUCAUGGACAAGCUGAAAGAAUACCUUACUGUGUGAACAUCACAAUAAACAAGACACCUGUGUCAAACACUUAAGGGGUCGUGAAAACAGUUGAAGGCUUUGAAAGGGACUCCACAUGAAAUAUUUUGUGCUUUCUUUUUUCUUACAAAUGAUGAAUUGUAUUUUAACAACUGGAGGUAUAUUUAAGAAACACUGCAGGAGGGGCCCUGCUUUUUAAAACAAUGAUGUACUCAUCCAUUUCGGUCCAUCAUGUUCACUACAGUGAUAGAAUUAUGAACUAUGACAUUUAGGAAGUCCUUUGUUUGACUCUUCUGUUAAAGCGAGAGUUGGAUAUCAGCAGAAACGAUAAGGGAUGUGUCACUUAAAACAGUCAUAAAACCAUGGAUGUUUUCACUUUAUGGUUUUUUUUCUUUGCAAACCACUUCCUGUUUGUAGUUCUUUUCAACCAAUAAAACUACUCUUACUUCUACAGUAGUGGCACAUAUUCUACAUUAGAAAAACCCCACAACAAACCACCAAACAAAAAUGUCCAGAAAAAUACAUGUAAUAAACCUGGGCCUGUUUAGUUGAACACCACACUGAUAUACUCACAAGGACUGAAGCAGGGCAAACAGAUGAGCUCUUCAAUUGCUCUGCCACCCAGUGGAAGAGUAUUUAAAUGUUUGGCCUGUUACUGUGACAGAGUGAAGACAAAUUAUCUGUAGUAAAUAAACACUGAUGUUCAGAUCAAUAAAAUAAAAACGAUCAUUUUCUAUG